ACUCCCCACAUAAAUAAAUAUAUAUUAUUCAUAAUGUCCUACGUCAAAAUAUGAAUUAAUAAAUCGACUUUAGAUCUAUCCAAAACUUCUCAAACAGAUCUUCAUUACAACACCCAGAUCCAAAUUUUCCUUAAAAACACACUUUUGUCUUUUGGGUUCAGAGUCUUUGUGACUAAGUUUCAUAAAAACUACUUUUUUUUUUGGACUUGGGGUUCUUCUUGUGGUGGGUGGUGUUCUUCUUUGAAGCUUCUUAAGAGUAUUUGUAGGAUUUUUAGAACAUUCCUGGGUUGGUUUCUUGAUUUGGGAUUUAGUUAAAGUUUCUCGAAAUGGAAAGUUCCAGGACCACAAGGGUUGACAAGAGAGCUUAUGAAGAGGGUAUUGAGGAUGAGCCAGAAGAAGACCAGUUACCUGACUCGAAAAAGCGCAGGUUGCCUGCUCUGGCGAGUGUAAUUGUGGAAGCUUUGAAGGUGGAUAGCCUACAAAGACUAUGCUCAUCUUUGGAGCCUCUGCUCCGCAGAAUUGUCAGCGAAGAGAUCGAGCGCGCUUUGACAAAGUUGGGUCCCGCUAAAUUGGCUGGGAGGUCUCCGCCGCCAAGAAUACUUGGUCCACAAGGAAAAGUUCUGCAGCUUCAGUUCAAAACAAGGAUGCCACCUCAUAUAUUCACAGGAGCAAAGGUUGGUGGAGAGCAAGGAGCAGCAAUUCAUGUUGUCUUGAUGGACAUGAGCACAGGCAGUGUUGUGCAAACGGGACCAGAAUCCGCUGCAAAGCUGAACAUUGUCGUGCUUGAAGGCGAUUUUAAUGAGGAGGCUAAUGUUGAUUGGACAAUGGAGCACUUUGAAAACUUUCAAGUAAAGGAACGUGAUGGGAAAAGGCCACUUCUUACAGGAGAUACAAAUGUGACCCUCAAGGAAGGAGUAGGUACCAUAGGAGACCUUACUUUCACUGACAAUUCUAGUUGGAUAAGGAGCAGGAAAUUCAGGCUUGGAGUUAAGGUUUCCCCAGGAUAUUGUGAAGGUAUUCGAAUUCGUGAAGCUAAAACCGAUGCUUUUGCGGUUAAAGAUCAUAGAGGAGAAUUGUACAAGAAACAUUAUCCACCUGUUCUACAUGAUGAAGUUUGGAGAUUAGAUAGAAUAGCAAAGGAUGGUGCUCUACAUAAGAAAUUGAUCAGUGCUGAUAUUGUCACUGUUGAAGACUUCCUUCGUCUUCUAGUUAAGGAUACUCAGAGAUUAAGAAGUAUCCUUGGAAGUGGAAUGUCCAACAGAAUGUGGGAAAAUACUGUGGAGCAUGCCAAGACAUGUGUCCUAGGUGGGAAACUCUAUGUUUACUAUACCGACAAAAAUCAAUGCACUGGAGUUGUUUUCAAUCAUAUUUAUGAGCUCAGGGGCCUUGUUUCUGAUGGGCAGUUUCUCCCUCUAGAAUCGCUUAACAACAAUCAGAAGGUUUCUGUGGAUUCUCUAGUGAAGGGUGCUUAUGAAAAUUGGCAUGAAGUUAUAGAAUAUGAUGGAAAGGUCCUAAACUCUCAAACCAGCACCAGAAAAGGUAAGGUAGCAGCGCUACCACCCGUGGCUAGCCACAACUAUGCCUCAGCUCACCUUUGUGAAACCACUCAGAACAGGCAACAGUUAGUCCCUGAAUGCAGCCGCCACUUCCAACCCGAAAACAUCCAACCAUCAAAUCCUCAGCCAAACGAAUUUCACUUUGCGAGGUCUGAUCAAACUGCGCCGAUGACAUUAAACAACAACCAACAAGCAGUAUUGCCUAGCAGCAUGGAUUACAUGUCAGGUGGUACUGGCGCAGUUGGGUGUUCGUAUUUUCCAGGAGACUGGUCACGGCCAAGGGAUGGGCAGGGAUUGGAGGACAUAGUGGCUGAGGAAAUCCGGCUCAGGAGUUCGGAGAUGCUGGAGGGUGAUGAUAUGCAGAGACUUCUGAAGACAUUUAAUAUUGGAGUCGGAAUGGGGACUGGAGUCUUUGGUCAUGCUGAUCAGGCUUGUUAUAGUUAUGGAGUGCAAUAUAAUCCUCAGAUGGAUCAGCCAUUUGGACAGGAGCGUGGAAAGAGUUCUGGUAAGGCUGUUGUUGGGUGGCUUAAGCUCAAAGCUGCUUUAAGGUGGGGAAUUUUUGUAAGGAGGAGAGCUGCAGAGAGAAGAGCACAGCUGACUGAGCUUGACUGACUUGAAAACUGAUUGCCUCUGAUCUCAUUGAUGCUCUUACGUUUUUGAAAAGAACACAGGGAAAAAAAAGGAAUGUUGCUUGAAAAGUAGUUCAUUGGGGGUUGAAGCUUGAUCUCCUAUAUCUUCAGUAUCUAGAACUUUACCAAGAAUCAGCUACACUCACUGUGAAAUGUUGUUUACUUGUAAAUUUAUAACAAAAACCAAAUAACAGUUUCCAAAUUCCUUUUUUUAUUACUUUUUUUUUAGUGCUUGUAAGCAGUUUCCACUCGGUGUGCCUUGUCUUCUCCAAUUCAGAUUAAGGAAUUUUUGUUAUUUGUUUCUAAAAAAGAAUAAUAAUAUUCAGAAUGGUAUUCGUUUAGUUUAUCAA